UACUCUUUAUGAAAAAUGUCAUAUACUGAAAACUCUGAGAGUUCCGAAUCAUCAAAUGAGAGCAAUGAAUGGGAAGAAAUAGUGUUUCAAUCAAAUCGAGCAUUUGAUAACAUGUUGGUUGAAUUACUCAUAAACAUGCCGGAUAUGAUCAUUAGAGAUCAUUCUCCUACAGUAAGAAGAAGGUAUUGUGAUCGUGAACGUGAACAGGGUAAGGCGCGCUUGAUGAAAGACUACUUUGUUGAGAACCCAACAUAUGAUGAAGUAACAUUUUGACGUAGAUUCCGAAUGCGGAAACCACUAUUCCUACGUAUAGUGGAAGCUGUUAUAGCUAAUGAUGUAUAUUUUCAACAAAGACGUGAUGCCACAGGCAGGCAAGGUCUUUCAUCAUUGCAAAAAUGUACUGCAGCUAUGCGUGUUCUAGCGUAUGGGACAUCAGUAGAUGCACAUGAUGAAUAUUUAAGAAUAAGUAAAACUGUAACAGGGGAUGCUCUUAUGAAGUUCGUAGAAGGUGUUAUUUCGUGUUUCAGUCAACAGUACCUUAGAAAGCCCAAUGAUAAUGAUUUAGCAAGGUUACUCCAUGUUGGGGAAGAACGUGGAUUCCCAGGAAUGAUUGGCAGCAUUGAUUGUAUGCAUUGGGAAUGGAAAAAUUGUCCCAAUGCUUGGGCUGGGCAAUUUGCAGGUAGAAGCGGCAAACCAACAAUCAUUUUAGAAGUCGUUGCAUCAUAUGAGUUAUGGAUAUGACACGCAUUCUUCAAAACACCAGGUUCGUGCAAUGAUAUUAACAUCCUUCAACGAUCUCCAGUUUUUGAUGAUGUAUUGUCUGGUCGGGCACCAAAUGUUAGUUACGUCGUGAAUGGUAAAGAAUAUAAAAGGACGUAUUAUCUCACCGGUGGCAUAUAUCCUUCAUGUGACAACUCGAAACCUAGAACCUUUCGUUGUGUCUUGAUGUAGCUUGCUUGUACGUUAUGUGACUAGU